UAUAUCUGCGCAAAGCGAAUAAGGUCCGUCGUCCUUAAACCACAGGAAACGCUGUUAAAGGAUUAUCCGUGUCAUCAUGUACAUGUUCUAGGAAGUAAAAGCAGUAUUCCUUCAACUCGCGAUAGCAUGCAACCAAAUGGAUUUGCUUGUGUAUAGCUUUGUCAUUGUAUUUUUCACUAUCAAACACCAGGUGAUCGACAGCAGACCUCGUUACUAGUUUCCUUUUAACUCAUCCAUGGGCCAACGUACCAGCACACAUGUUUAAUUCUUUGCUGUUGGCGAUCAUAUUUCCUAAUUGACGAUAUGUAGAAAGAAGCCGAGUGAACUAGAAAAAGCUGACAGCUCGUUAAAAACGAUUACUGGAGUAUAACAACAUAAAAUAAUAAUUGAUGUCUUCUGGAGUACUUGAUUUCAUACCUCGUCAUGCCUGUACACCCAAUUUGAAUGAGAGAUAUCCGUUAGUGCAUAUGUGUGUACUCUUCCAUCACCUUUAAGUUACCGGAUGAUCAAGACAUGGCGGACAUUAAGGCUAUAAAAGGUAACCAUUGUUUACGUUAUUGUAACACAACUACAUAUAUUUAUCUAACAGCGACGAUAACUACAUUGGUCCUGUUGAACGUCUUCAGUCUUUCGUCACAUCUAACUACGAUCCGUGACAUUGGUAGGAAAAUGAACCAUGCAAUGGAUCAGUUGUACAACCUCAAAAGGACAGCGUAUGAUGGAGAAGAAACCAGCGGAAAAACAAUAACAAAGAUAGUGACGACUACAAGUGGAAUCGCCAUGAGCCAAACAUCAAGAUAUACAACGGAGACGAGCAGAGCCAUUACUACAAAGGCAUAUCCAAAAGAAAGACAGUUAAAUUGCACGGCUUGUUUCCAGCAUAAUUUUACCUUUGUGUUGAAUAACAAAAACAUGUGCAAACCUACAGAGGAAAGUUCACCGAUUGAAUUAAUUGUGUUGAUUAGCUCUGUACACUCAAAUUCUGAGAAACGAAAAGCACUGAGGGAAACAUGGCUUACCACUACCGAUCAAAACAAAAGUAAAUUUAGGUACGCGUUUCUGCUUGGUAUGAAUCCUAAUAACAAACUUCAAGUAGCCCUUGAGACGGAGAGUGCAACAUACAAUGACAUUGUACAAGAAGAAUUUACAGACACCUACCAAAACCUCACAUUGAAAACAAUCAUGGCUAUGAAAUGGGCAAGUAGCUUUUGUCAAAAUGCAAAGUUUGUUAUGAAAACGGACGACGAUAUGUUUGUUCAUCUACCAGCGUUACACAAAGUACUUUUAAAGCAUGAAAAGAAACUUCAAUAUUCAAUUGGAGGGCAGUGUAGGAUAAACGAAGGACCAAUACGUAGCAAAGGCUACAAAUGGUAUGUUCCCAAAGAACUGUAUCCACAAUCCAAGUACCCGGGGUUCUGCUCUGGGACGGGGUAUGUUACCAGUAUGAGUGUGGCUAAACAGAUAUACAAAGUUUCACAACACGUACCUUUUUUUUACCUAGAAGAUGUGUACAUUGGUCUCUGUGUUAACCGACUAGGUAUGGGUGUAACAAGCUUACCUGGAUUUUAUGCAGUCAAAGUACCAAUUGGUUGUAACUAUAAAAAUGGAGUGGUAAUUACCUCGCAUCAACUUGAUCCCAAACUUCUUCGUGAUGUGUGGAGUUUGAAGUGCAACGCCACAAUAUUCUGAUGUAAUGUGCCAAUAUUUACUGAUCUUUUACAUAUAUGAUGUAUAGUGUAGAAACUUUUGAUAUGUGACAGUCGUAAAUUGACUGGAUAUUGUUAAUAAAUUCAUCUGCCAAACAACUUUGUAUGACACAAUAAAUUGGUGUAGUUUCUGAUUUUUUGUCGGUAGAAUUGAUCAAAAUGUGAUUUUGUAUAGGUGAAAUGAAAAGACACGUAUCUUAUGUAUAACAUACAUUUAUUUUUAAAAUGGACAACCAGAAUGAAUAUCUCAUAUUGUUUUAUUAAAGAAAUUUUGUAUAUUUUGAGAAAAUUAAUUUUAUUCUUCUAAUUUUCAAAAAAGAUAGACAACUUUUUGAAUAUGUUCAUUUUAUUGACUAUAUAUAGGCUCCUGAAUUUUGUUCAUGUCUGCCUCAUAAUAUCAAAAAAUUAAUGUAGUUAAGAUCAAUCCGAAUUGUUUAAAUCAUCUCUGUCAUGUAUGAACUACUUAAGAUGCUUAGUCUGAUAAAAACGACCCAUUCUCUAUUCGACAUGCCUUGACAAGAAGCGUUUGGAGGUCAUCAGUUGACUUUGAACAAAUGAAAUGUUGACCAAUCAACGUUGCACAAACCUAUUUUAUAAAGCGUUGGAAGAAAGUGAAGCUAUUCAAUGCAAAAAAUGAAAUAGUCACUGACAGCUAA